GCCUAUCGAGCGGUGCGCAUGCGCGGACGCAUCCCAUGCGCAUUAGAACUCAAGAAAAAUAGUUUUUAAUUAGAAAUAUUAAAGUGGCCAGUAUUCCAGCACUUCACGAAAAAAAAAAGAAAAUUCUAAAGAAAAAUGCGCCAAUUGUUUGUGGUUGUGUGCCUAGCAGUGGCCCUUGUCAGUGCACGAUGGGUUCGCGAGGGACGUUCCGACCAACCCAGAGACACCAGCUUUAUUGGAGAUGCUUCCAGUGAACUAUCUACAGCUAUAUUACAGGGUUACAUUGAUGACAAUGAAAACAUCGCGUUUUCUCCUCUCGGAUACUCUGCUAUUUUAGCCAUCUUAGCCGAAGGUGCGAAAGGGGAGACCAGAGAACAAUUGUAUAAUGCACUUCAUCUGCCCCAAGACCCAGCUUUGACAAGAAAAACAUACCAAUACAUCAUGGAGAGACUCAAAAAUGUAAACACUUACGCAUACAAUCAACCGGAGCUCAAGAACUUCUUCUAUGUUUACAAAAAUUAUACAGUCAACGAUGAAUACAGAAAGAUUUUGGAAGAAUAUUAUCUAACAGAUGUUAGAUCAGUUGAAAAAUACAAUCCAGAAUCUGAUGUUCAUUCAGACGACGAUGACGACGAAGAAGCUAUUCGCGUACCGGAGAAGACUGACGAACCCAGUGAGCCUAAUGAGGAUAUGCCAAUUAAAACGGAACCAAACGAGAAAUUAAUAUCGUUCGCUUUUGUUGAUACCCCAGAAAAGGUAGAUGUUACUCAAAUUGAAUACAAACCGGCAAAGAAUAUUAAAGAGAAGAUUAAGUUAGUGAAAACGUAUCCAAAAAAAGAGGACUAUACAGAUGAAGAGGAAACGAUGAUUGCUGUAGAAGCUAGGAAUCAUGCUAGGAGCUUAAAUGUAAAUAAACCAAAUCACGAUAUAUCAUCAGGUCUUUCUGUCAACAGCGUCAGCAAGAAGUCUAGUGCGAAUAAGUCUAGUUCCGUUAUGAUCAUCUUCAACGGCAUGUACUUCCGUGGAUCGUGGAAGAAACCAUUCGAUGUUGUUGAGCCUGGCCUCUUUUAUAAAUCUAGCUCGGAGAAAAAAUCCGUUCAAAUGAUGAAAGCCACAGGCUCUUUCAAUACCGCUUUCAUCUCAGCUCUCGACAGCCAAGCCAUUUAUCUUCCUUAUGAUGGUGGUCGUUACGCUCUCCUGAUUCUCGUCCCGAGGUCUCGUGAUGGUCUAACUCGCCUUAUUGCUGAUCUUCCUUCCGUAACUCUGCAAGACAUCGAAGAUAGCAUGAAGAAGGAGGAACUUCUGCUGUCCAUGCCCACGUUCUAUGUCGAAACUACCACCAAACCUAUUGUUUCAUUGGUUAAGUUCGGCGUCAGUAAGAUCUUCACACACGAUGCAGAUUUAUCUGGAGUCUCUUCUGACGGAGGUCUGUUCGUUGAAGAGAUGGCUCAGCACGUGUCCGUUCGCGUUGACAACUCAGAUUCCGUAGCCUCAGAGAUGUCAGCUGCCAACGUUGACAUGCCCCUUUCGAAGAAUUUGCCACUUUCGGAGAAACCAGCCACCAAAUUUAGUGUCGACCAUCCAUUCGUUUUCUUCAUCAUGGAUACUUUAGAUAAUCUAGUGGUUGUCGCUGGAAAAGUCGUUGACCCAGAAAAACCUAAGCCUUUUGAUUUUUGAUUUCUCAAAUUUAGUAAUACUGAACUGAAUCUCAUUUAAUUUUUUUUUUAAUUCCAUGUGUUAGCUAUUUUUGAUGUAGACUAUUAACCGUUUCCAGCUAAAAAAAUCUUUUCUUUGACUGUUGCGAGUUCAUUUUGUUGUUCAUUAGUUAUGUUAUUGAAUACAUAAAACAGUUGCAUCAAAAAACGCCUUAUUUAAAUUACGCUGCAAAUGUUACUUCUGUUUGAACACGACUUCCAUGAAUAUUGCGAAUUCUACGCCCACCUUUUUUAUAUACAAGUUUUACUUUACUUUUUUAAAUUAAAUUAAAAUAAAAUCCAGACGCAUUUGAUAACGAAAAAGUACAUAGACUAGUUUUAAGUUAGUGUAAGUUUAUUUAUUCGUGCGUGUUUGUGAUAGAUUUAAAUUGUAGAUUUAAGAUAUUGAUUUAAAAUAAAUUGUUUAUCAAA